GUCUUUUAAUUCGAAUCAAUCCAACAAUAAAGAAGAAGGCCAGGAAUAUGGUCUUAUAACACCAAAAAUGGAUGUAGAUGAACAGAGUCAGGAUCAGAAUCCCACCAUCAGUGUGCAAGUCAUGAACAACGAGAACAGUGUUCUCAAGAAAAUUGCCAAUCUCUAUGCCGAACAGCUAAUGUCCGAUAUCAUUUUGGUUGUGGGCGAACAACAAUAUCCCGCCCAUCGUGUUAUACUAUGUGCCAGCAGUGAUGUAUUCCAGGUGAUGCUUAUGAAUCCCGAAUGGAAUGAAUGCCGCAAACGGGUGAUCGAACUGGUAGAGGAACCAUGCUGUGAAGCCGUGUUUCCACAAUUUCUCAAAUAUUUAUAUGUGGGCAAAAUCGACAUCUCAUUGAGUACUGUGAUGCCUAUGCUAGCCUUAGCCCACAAGUACAAUGUCCAAGAUCUGGUCGACCUUUGCGUACAAUAUAUGAUGAAACAUAUCGCCAAAGCAGCUACACAGGGUUUUCUUGUAUCAUGGCUACAGUAUACAAUAGCGUUUAGUCCCCAACAUAAAGAUCUGACGGAGGCGCUCAAACGUUUUCUCAAAUGGAAUUUAGAAAUAGUUUCGGAGUCAAAAGAUUUCGUAGAAUUGGAUGUUAGUGUUAUGGCAAUAUUACUGCAACAAAAUGAUUUGGUUGUGAGCAGUGAAUAUAAACUGUUUGGCAUCUUACAAAAUUGGCUGCUGCAGCGCAAAGAUUUACUGGAUAAUGAUGACACUCUCACCGAUGUGGAGAAACAUGAACAUUUCAUUGCCUUGGUUGAACAAACUGUUGUACAUAUACGUUUUGCCAUGAUGACACCUCGGGAAUUGGCUCAUUUGCUUAUAUUUCCUCUGUUGGAAUACCACAAGGAAUUUAUUGUUCAACGUAUGGCCAUCGGUAUGUCAUAUCAAUCGGGUCAGGAAGAACGUGUACAGGAGGUACGAAAUUCUAAAGAUGGAUGUUUGCAGUUUACUCCACGCCUGUACAUGAAUGAUACCUGGAGCAUUAGUAAAAUGGUUAAAAAUUUCGAUAUGAUUGAAAAAUAUAGCAAUUAUGUUACGUGCUUUUUUACACCUGGUAAUAUUGCGGAGACCGAGGAUGAGCAACCAUUCACCUGGGAAGUUGAAUUCUUUCCACGUGGCAUUAAAUAUAAUAAAGCCAAAAUGGUAUGGGGUGAAGAUGUACCCGAAGUGUCCAUCAAUACCGUGCGUGUAAGAGUGACAUGUAAACAUUUACAGGUGGAAGAGAAACGAUUUAAGAUUGCCUGUCUCAUAACUGGUGUACAAAAUAAAAUUGAUCAUAUCUUGACGUUGCACGAACGUACCGAAUAUUUUUCCAAUAAAUCCCGUGUCGUGAAUAUUGACAACCUAAUACCCUACGAUGAAUUGGCAUUAUCUUCCAUUAAUCUCUCGCCACAUUUGGUUGGGCCAAAUCGUAAUAAUUUAGAAUUACAAGUUAUUAUUGUGCCCAUGGGUCCGUACACGUGUCGUAAUACACCAUCAUUUGAUUUUAAAUGAA